ACGGUUCUUGUUUUGGAGGAAGUGAACAUAGCUCCGCUAAAAGCUAGCACGUUAGCUCGACAGGAAAAGCGAGCGUCAACGGGAACUGGACAAGAGAGCAUUUUACCAAAUCGUUAGACGAAGGGAGUUAAACUUCGGCACUGGCAGUAUUGAUUUCGAUAAAAAGGGUCAUUUGAGAGGCUCGCUGUCAGAAAUAAAUUAGCUGUCGACGCUGUGUACGUGUUGUUUUGUUACGCCAGACAUUUGGAGGAGCCGUUAGCUUGCUCGCUAGCCUGUGCGUUAGCCUUCCAGACGAAGCAAAGGAAAAGUCCACUUUUGACAUCUGUUUGUUGAAGGACCACUGCCCAGUUUGUUGUCUUCGCGGCUGUGGCACAAUGACGUCGAGGAAGAAAGUAUUACUCAAAGUCAUCAUCCUUGGAGACUCGGGAGUUGGGAAGACCUCGUUGAUGAAUCAAUAUGUGAAUAAGAAGUUCAGCAACCAGUACAAAGCCACAAUAGGCGCUGAUUUCCUGACAAAAGAAGUAAUGGUGGAUGACAGACUUGUCACAAUGCAGAUUUGGGACACAGCAGGUCAGGAGAGGUUCCAGUCUUUAGGUGUGGCAUUCUACCGUGGAGCAGACUGCUGCGUCCUGGUGUUUGACGUCACUGCACCCAACACCUUCAAGACCCUAGACAGCUGGAGGGACGAGUUCUUGAUUCAGGCCAGCCCACGAGACCCUGAAAACUUCCCCUUUGUGGUGCUGGGCAACAAGAUCGACUUGGAAAACAGACAGGUAACAACCAAGCGAGCACAAGCUUGGUGCCAGAGCAAGAACAACAUCCCAUAUUUUGAAACCAGCGCCAAGGAAGCAAUCAAUGUGGAGCAGGCCUUCCAAACUAUUGCACGCAAUGCUCUUAAACAGGAGACCGAGGUGGAGUUGUACAACGAGUUCCCUGAGCCAAUUAAACUGGACAGAAAUGAGCGAGCCAAGCCGUCAGCAGAGACCUGCAGCUGCUGAGGACUCUGAAGAUCUUCAGAGGGUUGUCAUGCCCUCACUACCCUGUCUUGCCUUGUCUAUAUAUCCUCUUUCCCAUGGCUCACUAUGUUAUUCCCUAUUGCCCAACAUACAAGCAGCAUCCCACUUAUUGAGAAUACUAGUAUACACAAACAUGCUGCACUCACCUCCUUAUGUAUACAAAGUACACAUUUUCUAUAAAAAUCUAAAUUUCCUAGCCCAAAGAACACCUCGAGGGAACAAUACAACAUUUAUUUGUAUUAAGCCUAUGACUUCCAAGUGUUUUCUCAUACUUUUUCAUGGCAGUGGUGGUAUGGGCUGAUCUCACUUGGAGUUCUAUGUUUAUCAAUGCUUUCAGUCCCAGUUUUGGUUGUAACAGUUUUUAUUUGAAUAUGUCCAAGUGGGAAAUCAAAGCAUUACUACUUUAGUUAUUUGUAUUUCUAUUUCUAAUUUAAGUUAAACUUUUUUUUAGUGGUUUUCUUACUUUCACAGCCCACUGCUGCUGCAUGAAUAGUAGAAACACUGCUCCCCCUUCUUACUCAUUUGUGUUGUGGCUUAUGUUAGUUUCACUCUGAAACACUUGUUAAUGUGGUUUCACUUGACCUCAUAAAAAUCUUUAAAAAAACAUAAUUCUGACACUUAAACAGGGAUACUGUGUAAAAGUGUAGAUGAUAUCAUCAUACUGCCUACUGAUUCUUAGUAAUUGGUACAGAAUUGGAAAUGCAGAUCGAUAACAAGUCCAUUAGACAAGUGUGUACAGAUUCUUUUUUUUUUUUUUUGCUUUCAUCUUCAGUAACUGAAAACUUGCUGAAACAUCUCAUUUUGGAGCCACAAUAAACACAAUUGUAGCUCAGGUUGAGAACAUUGUGUGAAUACAGACUCAGUUCCUGUGUCCAAGUGCUGUUCCUCUGUUGGGGAAAUGAAGGUUGUAAAAUUCCAGAUAGAACAUUUGACAUGAACCAAAUCAAGACAGCAUGUCAGUCUACCAGAUAGUCCUAGAGGAGAGAUUUUUCUCGAGUACAAAUUGUCAUUCAUAACCCAGUACUAUUAGCUAGUACAUUUCUUUUUAUUGUCAACUGUUGCAACUUUGUAUAUUUGCAGACCUCUCAAUCAUUGUGUGGGGAAAACAUAAAGUUGUGUUGUAAAUCUCCAUAUCUGACUCUGCCAGAUGCUCGUGUUGGCAUACGAUUCAAGUGCUUGACAUUUCUUUUAACUGAUCAGAUCUUUAACUGUCUGUUCGUAUUAUUUUAAAACUUUGAAACAAGAUGACAUACAUACUGUAACUCUGAAGGACAAAUGUGGGGGGGGAAGAGUGUUGGCAUUCAUCAUUAUUAUAUUAUUAAUAUGAUAAUGCUUAGCAUUUACAUUGUUUCAAGUAAUAAGGGUAAUAAAAAAACCUUGAAUAAA